GCUCAACAACUUUCUCAUCAUUUAGAGGCCAGCUAGCGAACGCUGAAUAGGGACCUGUGGAUAAAGCUUGUCGAAAAUAUUAAGAUUUUUCUGAAAGGGAAUUAAUCAGCAAACAUCAUGGCCGUAGAAGGAGGUAUCAAGUGUGUGAAGUUCCUGCUUUUCUUUUUCAACUUCCUCUUUUGGCUGUGUGGCCUGGCCCUGAUCGUGCUGGGUGUCUUGGUGCAGGUGGCCCUGCAUAACAACGUGGUAAUAAAGAACGCGUCUGGCUCGGCGACGCCCCUCGCCAUCAUCGUGGUGGGCGUCAUCAUCUUCUUCAUCGCCUUCUUCGGCUGCUGUGGGGCGUGGAAGGAGAGCUACUGCAUGGUCACCACGUUUGCCAUCCUCCUCUCCUUCAUCAUCAUCAUCGAGGUUGCAGCUGCCAUUGCUGGCUAUGUCUUCAGGGGCAAGUUGAAUAACAUCGUCAGGGACGGGCUCAAAGAAAUGAUCACCAACUACAGCAAUGGCACCGAAGAGUUCAGGAAAAGCGUGGACAAAAUGCAAGAGGACCUGAAGUGCUGUGGAGCAAACGCCUCGACCGACUGGUCUUUCUACAAGCCGGAUGGCAACUCUGUGCCGGACUCCUGCUGUAAGAACGUCACCGUGGGCUGUGGGACAGGGUCCAUGCGUGACAGCGCCAAAGUGUACCAACUGGGUUGCCAGGUUGCUGUGGAAGAGCUUCUGAAGAAGAACACUCAGUGGGUGAUAGUAGCAGCCCUGGUGAUCGCUUUCUUGCAGAUCAUGGGAAUCGUGUUCGCCUGUGUGCUCAUGAGGGGAAUCCGAAGCGGAUACGAGGUCAUGUGAUGAGGGCUCUGUGAUGCCACACAGACCCACAGGAAAACUGCAAUUGUCAUUUUUGUAGUUUAUUUUUUGAGAGGUAGUUUUAAUGACAGCUUCAUUGCUUUUUCCCACAAUUUCUGUCAUUUAUGUUGUUACGUUGUUAAAAGUAAGUAACACUUUAGCCUGUAUACAAAGCAGUUAGCAGUUUGAGUAGUACAUUAUUUGAUAGAAAAGCGCUUUAUAAUCUAGCAGAGACAAGGGAUUGUUUUAGUCUGGUCAAAAUAUUGUCUUUUUGUAAAAAGAAAACAACAGAGAUUUGUAUUUGCACUUGUAUCUCAGAAGCUUAUUUUUUCCUGUAGUGAAUUGUGUUUAAUUCACACCAGAGAUCUUGUUUAAAUUACAAGUUCAGUAAUUUUGGAAAAAGCACUAUUCUUAAUAUUCAAAGGUUAAAUCUACAAAACUCAGGUCUGCCUGUUUUUUGUUGUAUUUGGUU